AUGGGUAAUCUGAGAGGACUAUUCAUAUUCUCAAGGAUAUGUGAGAAGAUAGCUUUGAUUUGUGAAUGGAUCCAAGUUGCACAAAGUAAACAAAAGAGCUAUGCAGAUAAUAGGAGAAGGGACCUUGAAUUGGAGAAAGGUGACUUGGUGUUUCUUCGUGUGGCACCCAUGAAAGGUGUGAUGAGGUUUGAAAAGAAGGGCAAGUUCAACCCUAGGUACAUUAGACUGUUUGAGAUUCUAGAACGAGUCGGUAACCUAGCUUACAGGUUGAUUCUCCCACCUGCUAUGAAGAAUAUUCACAACACCUUCCACGUAUCAAUGCUAAAGAAAUUUGUUCAUGAUCCUUCACACAUAUUGAGCAAUGAACCACUCGAUCUAAAAGUGAAUAUGACCUAUGAAGAGAGUCCAAUUCAAAUUCUUGAUCGGAAGGAUCAAGUGCUUCGCAAUCCAUCGAUACCUCUAGUCAAGGUGCUUUGGAAAAAUCAUACAAUCGAAGAAGCAUCUUGGGAAUGA